GUCAGCAAGCGGAGCGCGUCCACCGGGGCUGGGUUUGCGCACUGCGUUUGGAAACUGUAGCUCGUGUUAUGUGAUGACCACGGAAAGAAAGAAAGAAAGAGGUUUUUUUUUUUUUUAUUUUGCAUUUCUGUCACAAGACUGACGUUCUGUGGUCGCUUCGACUCGCCGAGCUGCAGGCCGUAGAUAAAUACUAUUGCAAGACAGGGCGAAUAAAUUGCAUGUGCGCUCAUAUUUCAAUCCAGUCACCCGAUCCCGCUGUGCAGAGCGUCCCAUCUUGAGACUACAUCCCUCGAGGCUGUUGAGAGUUUUUCAAAACCCUGAUUCCGGUUUCCAUUAGAUCCAGCCAGGCAGACACCCGGACGGACUGACUCCCUGCUUGCGAUGAUUCACAGCCUGUUCCUGGUGAAUUCGUCAGGGGAUAUCUUCCUGGAGAAGCACUGGAAGAGCGUGGUGAGCCGCUCUGUGUGCGAUUACUUCUUCGAGGCGCAGGAGCAUGCGUCCGACCCCGAGAACGUGGCCCCCGUCAUCCCCACGCCGCACCACUACCUCAUCAGCGUGUACCGCCACAAGAUCUUCUUCGUGGCCGUGAUCCAGAGCGAGGUGCCGCCCCUCUUUGUCAUCGAGUUCCUGCACAGGGUCGUGGACACCUUCCAGGAUUAUUUUGGCGUGUGCUCCGAGGCUGCUGUCAAGGACAAUGUGGUGGUCGUGUAUGAGCUGCUGGAGGAGAUGCUGGAUAAUGGCUUCCCUCUCGCCACAGAGUCCAACAUCCUGAAGGAGCUGAUCAAACCCCCGACCAUCCUGAGGACUGUGGUCAACACCAUCACCGGCAGCACUAAUGUGGGUGAGCAGCUCCCCACAGGCCAGCUCUCCGUGGUGCCGUGGCGACGCACGGGGGUGAAGUACACCAACAACGAGGCAUACUUCGACGUGGUGGAGGAGAUCGAUGCCAUCAUCGACAAGUCAGGCUCGACUGUGACGGCUGAGAUCCAGGGUGUGGUGGACGCCUCUGUGAAGCUCACUGGCAUGCCCGACCUCACCCUCUCCUUCAUGAACCCCCGCUUGCUGGAUGAUGUCAGUUUCCACCCCUGCGUUCGCUUCAAGCGCUGGGAGGCAGAACGCAUCCUCUCCUUCAUCCCUCCCGACGGGAACUUCCGGCUCCUGUCCUACCACGUCAGCUCCCAGAACCUGGUAGCGAUCCCGGUCUAUGUGAAGCACAGCAUCAGUUUCCGCGAGGGUAGCUCUCUGGGUCACUUCGAGAUCACGAUCGGUCCCAAGCAGACUAUGGGCAAGGCGGUGGAGGGGGUGCUGGUCACCAGUCAGAUGCCCAAAGCCGUGCUCAACAUGAACCUGACUUCCACCCAGGGGGCCUUCACCUUUGACCCCGUCACCAAGAUGCUGUCCUGGGACGUGGGGAAGAUUAACCCGCAGAAGCUCCCCAGUCUGAAGGGAUCGAUGAGCCUGCAGGCCGGAGCCUCGAAACCCGACGAGAACCCUACGAUCAACAUCCAGUGCAAGAUCCAGCAGCUCGCCCUCUCGGGGUUGAAGGUGAACCGGCUGGACAUGUAUGGAGAGAAGUACAAGCCCUUCAAAGGGAUCAAGUACAUGACCAAGGCAGGGAAGUUCCAGGUCCGAACAUAGUGCAGCAGAACCGGCCUGGUCCUGGUCUGGUCAGAGUGGACUGCUCUCUCUCUCUCUCUCUCUCCUCUCUCUCUCUCCCUCCCCC